AUGAAAAUUUCACAAUCCCAUUUUCAAAUCAAGCAAAGCAAAGCACAACCAAUGACAUUAAAGGUAGCAUUUUUGGGACCAGAAGGAACAUAUACCCAUCAAGCAUUGAUUCAACAAUUUGGCACCACCAAGAAUAUUAAUAUAUAUCCUCAACAAUCCAUAGGAGAUUGUUUCCAAAGUUUAGAUGAAAAAAAAGUUGAUUAUGCUGUAGUACCAUUUGAAAAUUCUACUAAUGGACAAGUUGUUUUCACUUAUGAUUUAUUACGUGAUUGGUUUUUGCAAACUUCGACUCCGCCAAAAUUUAGAAUAAUGGCAGAACAAUUUGUAUCUAUUCAUCAUAAUUUAUUAACUAAUGCCCAAAAAAUUGAAGAUAUAAAAACCAUUUAUUCUCAUCCUCAAGUAUGGACUCAAGUUAAUAAGUUUUUAACAAGUUUACCCCAACAAAUAACGAAAAUAGAUGUUGGAUCUACUUCAAAAGCAGCAGAAAUUGUCAGUCAAAACACCAAGGCUAGUGAUUGUGCUGCUAUUUCAUCAUAUAUGAGUUCAGAAUUGUAUAAAUUACCAAUAUUAAAAGAAGGAAUUGAAGAUAAUCAAAGUAAUACUACGAGAUUCUUGAUAUUAGGAUAUGAUUCUCCUGUAUCACCACCACCGCCAUCUUGUCCUGAUGAUAAUGAUAAUGACAAAAAAAAUACUACUAUAGUAUCAUCAAUAAUGUUUACUUUAAAUCAUGAUGAUCCUGGUGCAUUAUGUGAUGUUUUGGUUAAGUUUAAAGAGUAUGGUAUAACAUUGACAUCAAUUAAUUCUCGACCAGCAAAUUUGAAACCUUGGCAAUAUGUAUUUUUCGUUGAAAUGAUUGGAGAUAUCAUUCAUCAAGAAGGGUUAAUAGAAAAAAUUAAAGAAUCUUGUUUAGAACUUGUGAUACUAGGUGUUUUCCAAAGGAGUUGGAGAUACAACAAUAAUGAUCAAUAG